GUAGCGUCUGGGCGCCUCUUGUUUCUGCAAAGCAGAGCUCUGUUUGUUUGAAACGCCUUAUUUUAGUAAAUAACGUCAAACAUGUGUGUUAGAGACAGACCAGCCGGAACUUAACUCCACUUUUCUGCGAGUCUGAAGAAAUUUAAACGGCAAAACUCGACCGGGAGGAAGACAGUUUGCAUCUCGGGCCCGUUUCUGGAAACAUGGCGGAAAGUUUCUACAAGCUGGAGGAUGAAGCCUUUCCCAGCUUCCUCGGCAGGUCUCUGGACAACAGCAGCGGCCGCUCCACCCUGGGGAAUGUGAGCCUGGGUUCUGGUCCUGGUCUGCCUGUCGCUGCUUCCACGGUGGCUAAAAUUAGACCCCACAGCAGAGAUCCUGUGGAGGCUUCAUAUCUGGAGGGCAGAGAACAGGAUCUAGGGAAGUCACAGUCAUCAGUUGGAGAUCAUCCCAAAUUUUCCCUCGGCUUCAAAGAUUACUUAGAUAAUGCAGAUGACUACCUCACAACACACCGCCUGUCAGACAUGCUAGUUAAGAUCCAUCUAGAUGAGGGUACAUCCAGACCCCAAGGCUCUAAGGUCGGCCAUCUUCCCACCGAGGCGGGUUCAGUGUGUGGUCAGCCCACAGAGCUAGAAACAGAUCUUUCAACUGGCCGUCUGACAUUUACACAGUUGGACAACAUUAAGGCUUCAGCUGUUACAGCUGAGGAGGAUCGUUUGCAGACUAACAUCCCUGAAAGUGACGACUUCAGUGGAAGCAAUUCCAGCUUCCUGGCCAAUGAGAAGCUCAUGUCUGUGGACAACAUCAACAGUGAUGUCACAGAUGAUGACAUGGAUUUGAACAACCUGCCGGACGAUGAACUAGAGAUGUAUUUCAACAAACUGAUCCCUCCGGCAGCGCAGAGAGGCAGAGUGGAGGGCCAGGAGAUUCCUGUGAAAGGUGUUGGGGGUGCUGCAGAUGAUCCAUCAGAAUCCAGCUCUGAAGAGGCGCAGCAGCAAAGAUGCCAGUUCCUCCAUCACUAUGAUCAGACGGACUUCCGGAGGCCUGAUGUGCGUCUUGCUGCUACAGGUAUGGACUCAUGUCCAGCCAGCGAUGAGGACACUGAGGAUGAGCUGGAGACGGCCAGGAGGAACAGCGGCGUCACCAGGACACGGCUGUUGCCGAGCACGUCUAGACAGCUGGUUGGAGAAAGUAACCGUCCCAGUUUCAGACCAGGCUUAGAAGGGGGCAGUUCGGAUGACGAGGCCUCCUCUGGCGGUGGACCGUCACUGCUUCCUGGAAUUGGACACAGACGAUCCGCUGAAGGGCAGGUUAUCAGCUCUCCAGUUGCAGGGGAUGGAGGUGGAGGAGAUGGGAGCAGCGGCAGUGAGGAAACUGGAAAUAAUGGUGGAGUUUCUACCGUCCCAGUUCCAGUUAACCACGCCAUGACCACAUAUGAUGCCAUGCGAGGUCUGGGGAUUGUUGGCAGCAGUCCUCUGAGUGAGGAAGAGGUCGUAGACUUCACUGGUCUUCCUGAACAUGGGAGGAAUAAUCUUCCCAGAUUUUCAAAGAUGGGGGACCGUGUCGGCCCUGUAGGAACAGGUGAAGCCAGCUGCACUGCAGUGACAGCAGGGGGGCCUCAGAGACUUCCUGUCACCUGGAGUCAGAUGCCGGACAGACAGGAGCCACUGAUGCCGAACACUGACCAAGACCCCAGUGAGGAUGAGGCAGUAGAUGAGCCUGAUGGGGCCAGACACUCGUUGGGCCCCAGAGGAGGGCCCUGUGGCGAGAUGACAGCUGCUGAAGCAUCGGACGGUGCCAGUGUGGAUGAAAACCUUCUCUCCACAUCCCUGGAAGCAAAGUACUUUUCCCAGAGUUUCCACCAGGAUCAGGAGGACUUGGAUGACGGUUGGAACAACUGUCCAGACAACAUGGAGCUGGAGUUUCAGCAAGGAGCCAGUGGCAGUCAAAGUGUUGUUUACCAGAAUGAGGAGGGAAAGUGGGUCACUGACCUAGCUUAUUUUUCCAACUUUGAGAAAGAGCUUGAUGGGAAAGAAUCUGAGCACGAAGGCCAACUACAAAACGAGGACUUUGUACCUGCUAGUGAUGCUAUGGAGAAAAUAAUCAAGGAUCAAGAGGAGUUUGAGAAAGAGCAUCAGUUCAUGCAGGAGGAGGUGAUAGAACCAGCAGCAGGAAACGACACCACCUUCCAAAGCGACUCGUCAUGGAAGAUCCCUCCCAUCAGCCAUGUCCUGAUGAGGGCCUCCCAGGUGUCCUCGGAUGAAAGCUACCUGCGGCUUUCCUUAGGCCAGUUUUUUGGACAGCGUUCCGAAGCCCUCGGCUGUUUGGGUGGAACCGACGGGGAUGACAUCAAACGGCCUUCCUUUGGUUACUUCAUCACCUCACCGGAGAAGAGGGAACCUUUUCCACUUAUCAAGCCUGCAGAGUUCUCCUUUGGAGGAAACUCUCCUCGCAAUGUCACGAUAGAACUUGGUGAAGUAGAUAAAACACUCCACCCAGAUGAUUUGGACAGAACUCUCAAUGCUCCAGGUGAAAGGUUGUCACCAAAAGGAGAUACUGAUCCAGAACCCUGUAAAACUGAGUUUCAGGACCAAAAGAGAGCCUCCAUCCCUGAACCUUCUCCGGGAUCAGGAUCAAAUUCAAGCAACGCAAACCAAACUUCUCCGAACGAGAGCAGUCCACUGAUGCUCAGCAUCAGCACAAUCGCUUCAGCCAUCGCCAAUGCCUCCAUCAGCAACGACCCGUCGCAGCUGGCUGCUAUGAUUGUGGAUCUGUCUAAGAAAAACAGAGCUAGGAAUCGUCCCACAUCCGACGCCUCCAACAAACAGGGACCUAGCUCAACUCAGCAUAUCCCCUCUGCUCCAGAUCAGAGCUCUAUCACAGACAUUCUGCAGAGAAGCGUCUGUGUCGGAGAGACAAGCGCCUUUGACAUUGAGAAAUACCUGAAGAAGACCAACAUGUCCAGCACCAGCGACUCGUCUGACGCGUGCACCACCUUUGACUUGAGCAGAUGGGCUGAUGGUCUGAGCAGCUCUGAGAGGAACCCACCGGCAGACCAUCCCACAAAACAGGAUGACGUGACUCCAGAGAUCACUCCACCCUCCAGAACUGAGAAAGACGGCAGAGGAAAGAUUCCAGUCAUGAACACGAGCUCCUCUGCCGUUCCGUUUUCUAACGUAGCAGCCGAUGUUGAUGAACCUAAAAUCAGCUCCAUUCCUCGUCCUUGUGCAUCUUUCAGCUCCGUCAGUCAUACUGGAGACUCAGGACAGUAUACCCCUCCCCAUUGUUCCACAGAUAAACACACAGCUGCCUUUUCCUCACAGGUUUCUAACUCUACAACCAGAACCUCAACAAAAACUGGGGAGCUGGAAGAAUUGAACCCCAGAACAAACAUCAGGUCUUCAGAAUCAUCUAAGAAUGAUAGAAACUUUCCCAGAACGUCCCAAAGCUGGAGGAAGUCCCAGUCAGGCUUGCCUGUUCUGAAAGCUUCGAGCCAAAGGCUGAGAAGUGCAGGACAGGAACGGCAGCACAGGCCAAAAGAUUCCCCGGAGAAGAACAAGCCGGGAAAUGUAACUGCUUCAGCUCCUUCUGACGCACAGAGAAGUUUUCCUGACGCGGGUGUGGAGGAGACUCAGAACUUCAGACCGUCCACCUCCCCGCUCACCCACUCCUCUCCAAGUCAGACCUCUAUUCCCGCUGCCGAUGGGUUGGGUUCGCCCUCCUCACCCAACGGCAGGCCGGCAGACAGACAUCCAGGUCAUGACCUCUCGCCUGAGUCCACCUGCUCCAGUCCCAGCCUCAGCAGGCUCACAUACAUCUCAAUAAAUGAUGGAACUGUUGUGCCCACACCUGAGCACCAAAAGAGGGAAUCUUCUAUGGGACUGAGCACCACCAUCAUCAGAUUCAGUCCCACUCCACCGUUGGAACCAGAUCUACAAACCAACCUGAACUCUAUGGGCCUUUCUAAAAGUCUUGAUAAUGUGCAGCCUCAGCACUCUAAAAGCCUGGACCCUCUACCGGCCCCCCAGGGAAAAAGCCCUGAGGUCCCACGCAACGGUUCAGCUCUUAGCUGCACCCGCAGCCAGAGCGAAUGUGUCUACCCCCCUCCUGGGGACGCUUUACCUGGAUUCACAGGCGACGGGAAUCUGUCUGAUAUCAGAACAAAGAAGCUGACUAAAGUGGACUCAGGUUAUAACAGCAAUCUGAACAUCCAGCAAACUGGCAGCUCUGUAGCUCCUACAGCAUGCCAGCAGUGGGGAGCGGCGCCAUCUGUGUCGUCAUCGCUUUAUGGUGGCGGCCUCGGCAUGCCGCCUCCUUAUACUCUACAGAGGCUUCAGUACGUCCAGAUGCCAAGUUUAAAGCCGCAGUUCCCAGGGAUGGUGGAUCUUCCUCACAAAGGAGAUGUUCAGUCCCUCCUCAGCGGACGCUCUCUUGUUAGCCCCCAGUUAUCUUUACAGUGUUUGGGAUCUGAACCUCAGUCACAUUCUGGAGCUUAUUGUAUGGGACCAGGAAACAGCCUUUUCAGCGUCUCCUCUACAGGUCCUCUUGGCGUUCCAGGAACUGGACCUCAUCAGCUCAACAUACCACUUCAGAGUCAACAUGAAAUGGCAAUAAUGGGGAAACCGUAUCGUCUUUAUGGUGGAGAAUCUAUGCUGAAUGGUCUGGAGGAACUGAGAGGGCAAGUGGUGGUUCCAGAGGAGCUUCGGUUCCCUCAUGCCUGCUGCGUCGGCAUCGCCUCUCAGACCUCCCUCAGUCUCUUCAAUCCGUCGGAAAGAUGGCAGCAGGUCUCCAUCAGCGUCAGCAGUCUGGCCAUAGACGGGGAGAAGGUGGAGAGCUUACCUUACCACUGGCUGAUGGUGAAGAACAAGACCAUUAUUGGCCCUAAAAGUACAGAGGAGCAGAAAGUGUUGUUUGUCCCUCCGCAGCCUGGAGUCUACCAGUGUGUCCUCAGUGUUUGCUCCUGGCCUGCCUCGGCUGAGCCAGAGCUGGCUGCCAGAGCAGACAUCUUCGCCAAAAGAGUGAUGCUUGUUGCAGUAGCAGAGAACCCAGCACUGGAGAUUGACGCUGGUAAAUCUGGCUGUUUGGACUUUGGAGACCUACCAGGAGGCAGCGCUAAAUCACUACCUCUGAGACUGCUCAACAGAACACAUGCUACAGUACCCGUCCGCCUGGUGAUCAGUGCUAACGCCGCAGCAUGGCGAUGCUUUACCUUGUCCAAGGACCCUGUUGGCCUGACGGCUGAGGCUACGCAGCAGGGUGGACCCAUGGCGUCGGUAGGCUCUCCCUCGGUGAUGAAUCAUGUGAUGCAUGCCAGCUUCACAGAGAAACCAGAAAGCUUCAUGGUCUGGGUCCAUUUCAAGGCUCCUCAGAAGUUCAUAACCUCUUCAGGAGAUCUCGGCCCAGCUGAUGAGUACAGUGCUCGGGUGGACAUCGAGGUGGACUCUCCGGGUCCUAGUCGUGUUAUUAGAAGUGUUCCCCUGAAGGCCAAGUGUGGAACAGCAAGAGUUCACGCUCCUAAGGAUCUGCAGACUGUGAGCCUUUUUGCUCCUGUGGGUCAAUGUAGUGAGCAGACUCUGCCAUUAAAGAAUGCAGGAAACAUCGACGUUCAGCUGAAUCUUAAGAUCGGUGACAACAGUGAAAGCUUUUCAGUGACUCCUGAGGAUCUGUUCCUGAGGGUCGGGGAGGAGCAGGCAGUUACGGUUUCAUUUAAAGCACAGAACAGCAGGAAGCGUAAAGAAAGCCUUCUGACGGUGCUGGUUAUGCCGUCAGGCCCCCAGUAUGAGAUGACCCUGAAAGGAGAAAUGGUUCCUUCUGACGCUGGAAAACCCGUGCCUCCCUCACUGACCAGUGACAUCCCACCAAUCCUCUCCAAUAAGCAGUUCUUGGCCUGGGGAGGGGUCACCCUGGGACGAGCUGUGCAACAGAAGCUUGUUCUAAGAAAUGACUCGACUAGCAGCACACAGCAGCUACGCCUGCUGAUCAGAGGUCAGGACCAGGACUGCUUUCAGCUCCAAAGCAUGUUCAGUCCUGAAGAGUGUUUAACCCGACAUGGAGAACUGUCCAUUCGACCCAGGGAGGAUGUAACCGUCCACCUGCUCUUUGCUCCGACCAGGGUGGCCUGCAUGUUGGCCAAGCUGGAGGUGAAGCAGUCCGGGGUUCGGUCUUCACAACCAGGAGUUAAAUUCAUUAUUCCUCUGUCUGGCUAUGGCGGCACAAGUAACAUCAUCCUGGAGGACCAGAGGAAAUAUGGCGAUGGCUAUGUGGCGACUUUGUCUGAUGUGGCUGUUGGCUGUGUCAGCAAAGUUUGCCUGUGUGUGAGGAACACGGGCUCUAGAGCAGCCUUUGUCAAAGCUGUGGCUUUCUCCGACAUCCCGAGCCGAUCACUCAUGCCGGCCUCUGUCAUGAGUCUGGCUCCCUCCCAGUUUGUACUGCAGGAAAGGACGCAAGAGGUGAUCACAGUUCUAAUGAAGUCCAGCAAAAGAGAAACGAGUCUGUCUGAGUCGGGGUCUGACCCCUUGGCCACCGUCUGUCUGUUUUGUGGAGAUGAGGUCUCCAGGCAGCAGUACAGGAGAUUGCUUCAGACAAAACCAGAGGCUGGGAGGAGGGCCUUGUCUGAGAACAGUCUGCUGAAAAACAUUGAUUUCAGCGAAAGCUUCCUGGGAGAGGAAAGUGUUAAAGAAGCUUAUGACCUUCCCCUGCGGCCCAACGAGGCACAUAUAUUCUACAGCAACAUGAGCAAAGUGUUUGUAACGCUGCUGGGGAGAACAAAGGGCUCAAACGCCGAUCAGAGCGAGCUGACCUCUGACAGACACUGUUAUCAGACCAAGAGCGGUUUUCCUCAUGGCAGCGUGUCCCUGGAUGUGCUGCCAGUGAAAGGUCCACAGGGUCCCGCCCUCAGAGUUACUCCACCCUCUUCAAAGGCUUCUGAACCAGAACACAGACGGUCCGAGUCGUGGAUCAUCCACCCGCAGCAGCUCGUCCUCGCAGCUCCAACCAUCAAUGGUCCGUCCAGCACCAGCCAGGUCCAGAUUCGGAACAACACCUCCAGAGAGUUGACCUUUGACCUUUCAUGGCCGGCUCACUGCCUCACCAUCACCCCACAGCACGGAGUCAUUGAGCCUCAAUGCCAGCUGCAGAUUUUGAUCAGCCCCAACCCCUCGCUAGCCACGAAGUCUGCCCUGCUGCCGUGGAGCGGACAGAUUUAUGUCCAGUGUGACGGACAACAGAAGCUCAUUAAGGUCCAGAUUCGCCGGGACUUGGCUCUGGACGUGUCGGCAGUGCCAACUGAUACCUCUUUGUCCGCCCUGCCGCCUCAGGCUGCUACUCCUGUGCUGCCUGUAGUGCGACCCGCCACCAAGCCGUCAGUGACCCCACAGGACCUUCCCAGCCUGGUGGAAAUUAGCAACAAGACCGUCACCUUUCCAACCACUCCUUUAGGAGAAACAUCAGGUGGAGAAGUUUCUAUUAGCAACCUUGAAUUGCUGAAUGUAAAACUAUAUCGAGAGGUUCAUUUUCUUAUUGCUCUUAAGGGAGUCGAUGACAGUGAGGAGGUCUACCGGGCCACAUACACGGCUUUCAGAUGUUCCAGGGUGUCGGGGACCCUAGGGGCCCGUGAGAAGAUGCAUGUACCCGUUACAUUCCUCCCCCGAGACAGAGGGACCUACGUUCAGUUCUGGGACAUGGAGUGCCACCCGGUGUCUGAGCCUCAGCAAAAAUCCACCAUCCGCUUUCAGCUCUCAGGAUCUGGAGUGAAAUCUGGAGCAAUGGAAGGACCACAGGAAGGAAACUGUUCUCUGGUGAGAACAGAAACCACAGCGAGGAGAGCAAAGAUGUCUGGCCUGGAGGAAGGAGUGCAUAGGGGUGUUUAUUCCCCCCAGGAUCUGUACACCUUCCCAGACACGCGUGUGGGGGAGUCCAGUACGCUGAAGGUCAACAUCCGGAACAGCUCCUCCGACACGCAUGAGCUGAGGUUUGUAAAACCUAAAGAGCCCUUCCACAUGAAGUAUUUCGAGUAUUCCCUAAGAUCCCAGCAUUAUGUCAGACUACCUGUCCAAUUCAAGCCCACUACAGCCGGGAAACAUGACGGCCUGCUGCUCAUCCAGUCAGAGUCAAGUGGGAGUCUGGUGGUCCAGCUGAGUGGUGAAGCAUUGCCUUGAAGACGCGCUGCUGUUGGACGGGACACAUGAGAACGAGGACGACCAAAACCAAGCCUGGAUUUUACUCAUUUUUGUAAAACUAUGAAUGUAGACCUUGAGGGAAUGAGUGAAGAUGUCCUCAUAGCUCUGCUAUCCUCAGCCUGAAGCAGAAUGAUGGAACGUAUCCAGCUUCUCAGUCUGUAGCCCAGGGGGGCUCUGAGGAGGGCUGGGUUCUGUUCCCUCUCCCCCUCAGCUAUGGCUGCUUCCUCAGCCUCUGUCAGACAGCAGCAGUACCAGCUGAGAUCCAGUUGGCAUUACUAACACUUUUUCACGUCUGGCAAGACGGCAGCAAAAAUCCAGUCUUAGAGAAGCUGCUUUGUGUUGAUUUGUUGUGAAAAGCAGACAUGGAAACGAUUUUAAAUGAAGUAUGCUGAAAUUAAAGUGUAAGAGAUUUAGUAUUUAUGUGGAUUUUUAUUUUACAUGUCUGCUUUAUUUUGGUGUACACUUAAUAUUAUUAUUAUUUUUUAGAUAUUUUGUACUAAUGUUGUUUCUAUGGAAAUGUCUCCUUUUCACUAAAAAGCCCACCUGAGCCGUAACCUUUGUCUGGCCCAAUAUGCAGUCCUCCCUGCGACCCUAACCUGUUCAGAUGCAUCUAAUUUUGUGAAGGCAGCACCCACAGGAUGGUUAAUGCUAAAUCAGUUCAAUGAGGAGGGAGGUCUGCUUCAGCAUCUUGCCUAGUCUCCAUGUAAUGGUUGCCAUGGCAAAAUGGGAUCAAUGGCUCUUUAAGGCAAAGAAGAUUUCAUCCAUUUUUGGCUCAAAGACAAGUUGCCUAAAAAGCUUGAGAGGAAAUUUGAGCUCCUUCUUUGAGUUCUGGGGCUGGAUUGUUGGGGGGGGCAGGUUCCCAAACUACAUCAAGCCAACGUUGUUAACUUGUUAGACAGUAAACACUUUGGCAGCAGAACACUAAUGUUGGACAUCAUUCACCUGCAUUGCUAGUUUUUUGUUGUUGUUUUGUUUUGUUUUGUUUUUUGUUUUUUUAUGGAGUCAUAUUAGUGUCAAAAGUUUCUAAGCAGAGUUCUCAAAUCUAAGAGUGUCUAUUUGCACUAUUUUAUGUAAUGUAAUUUAUGUGUACACAUUUUUAAUAAAG